CGCCAUGGCGGAGCCCCCGCCCGCCCGACGCCCGGUGCCCCUCAUCGAGUCGGAGCUCUACUUCCUCAUCGCCCGGUACCUCUCGGCCGGCCCGUGUCGCAGAGCCGCCCAGGUGCUGGUGCAGGAGCUGGAGCAGUACCAGUUGCUGCCGAAGAGGUUGGACUGGGAGGGCAACGAGCACAACAGGAGCUACGAGGAAUUGGUCUUGUCCAAUAAACAUGUGGCUCCUGAUCAUCUGUUGCAAAUCUGCCAACGCAUUGGUCCCAUGUUGGAUAAAGAAAUUCCACCCAGUAUUUCAAGAGUCACUUCUUUACUUGGUGCAGGAAGGCAGUCUUUGCUACGUACAGCAAAAGACUGCAGGCACACAGUUUGGAAGGGCUCUGCCUUUGCUGCUCUUCACAGAGGAAGACCUCCAGAAAUGCCGGUGAAUUACGGUUCCCCACCCAGUCUUGUGGAGAUACAUCGAGGAAAACAACUCACAGGGUGUUCCACUUUUAGCACAGCAUUUCCAGGAACUAUGUAUCAGCAUAUAAAAAUGCACAGAAGGAUUCUCGGACAUCUAUCUGCUGUUUACUGUGUAGCAUUUGAUAGGACAGGACAUAGAAUCUUUACCGGUUCAGAUGAUUGUUUGGUGAAGAUUUGGUCAACACACAAUGGCCGCCUAUUAUCCACACUAAGAGGUCAUUCUGCAGAAAUUUCAGAUAUGGCAGUAAACUAUGAGAAUACAAUGAUUGCUGCAGGGAGCUGUGAUAAGAUAAUUAGAGUGUGGUGCUUGAGAACUUGUGCCCCAGUUGCUGUGCUCCAAGGACACACGGGGUCAAUCACAUCUUUACAGUUUAGCCCAAUGGCCAAAGGCUCCCAAAGAUACAUGGUCUCUACUGGUGCUGAUGGGACAGUUUGUUUCUGGCAGUGGGAUUUAGAAUCCCUGAAAUUCAGCCCACGUCCCCUGAAGUUCACUGAAAAGCCUAGACCAGGUGUUCAGAUGCUUUGUUCUUCUUUUAGUGUUGGUGGUAUGUUUUUAGCCACUGGUAGUACUGAUCAUGUUAUCAGAAUGUAUUUUUUGGGUUUUGAAGCACCUGAAAAAAUUGCAGAACUUGAAAGCCACACUGAUAAAGUUGAUAGUAUCCAAUUUUGUAACAAUGGUGAUCGGUUCUUAAGUGGUAGCAGAGAUGGAACAGCAAGAAUUUGGAGAUUUGAGCAGUUGGAAUGGAGAAGUAUUUUAUUGGAUAUGGCAACCAGAGUCUCAGGGGACUUAUCUUUGGAAGAGGAAAGGUUUAUGAAACCCAAAGUCACAAUGAUUGCUUGGAAUCAGAAUGAUAGCAUUGUCGUCACAGCUGUGAAUGAUCACGUCCUUAAAGUGUGGAAUUCUUACACAGGACAACUGCUUCAUAACUUACUGGGACAUGCUGAUGAAGUAUUUGUUUUGGAGACACAUCCCUUUGAUUCCAGAAUUAUGUUAUCUGCAGGACAUGAUGGCAGCAUAUUUAUAUGGGAUAUUACAAAAGGCACCAAGGUGAAACAUUAUUUUAAUAUGAUUGAAGGGCAAGGACAUGGAGCUGUCUUUGACUGUAAGUUUUCACAGGAUGGACAGCAUUUUGCCUGUACAGAUUCUCAUGGACACCUUCUGAUAUUUGGUUUUGGAUGCAGCAAGCCAUAUGAAAAGAUUCCUGAUCAGAUGUUCUUCCAUACUGACUAUCGACCACUGAUUAGAGAUUCUAAUAAUUAUGUCUUAGAUGAGCAAACUCAGCAGGCUCCUCACCUUAUGCCUCCACCAUUCUUGGUAGAUGUAGAUGGAAAUCCUCAUCCAACUAAAUAUCAGAGAUUAGUACCAGGCCGAGAAAAUUCUGCAGAUGAACAUUUGGUUCCACAGCUAGGCUAUGUGGCAACAAGUGACGGAGAGGUGAUUGAACAGAUUAUAAGCCUACAAACCAAUGAUAAUGGUGAACGAAGCCCAGAGUCCAGUGUUCUUGAUGGAAUGAUAAGACAGUUGCAGCAGCAGCAGGAUCAGAGAAUGGGAGCAGAUCAGGAUACUCUUCCCAGUGGACUUCCAAGUGGAGAAGAAACACCUCGAAGAGGUUUUAGAAGGCUGAGCUUAGACAUCCAGUCCCCUCCAAACAUUGGUCUGCGUCGCAGUGGACAAGUUGAAGGUGUUCGUCAGAUGCAUCAAAAUGCUCCACGUAGUCAGAUUGCUACAGAACGUGACCUGCAGGCUUGGAAACGAAGAGUGGUUGUACCAGAGGUACCACUAGGCAUAUUUAGGAAGUUGGAAGACUUCAGAAUAGAGAAAGGUGAAGAGGAAAGAAAUCUUUAUAUAAUAGGAAGAAAAAGGAAGACUCUCCAGUUCACACAAAAGUCUGAUUCGGUGGUUUUGCUGUCACAGUCUAGGCAGAGGUCAUGCAGGCGCAAAUACCCAAAUUAUGGAAGAAGAAAUCUUGGCCGGCUUGAGUUAUCUUCUGGAAAUGAAUCUUCAAGCUCUAUAAGACAUACUUCCUGUGAUCAGAGUGAAGGCUCUUGUUCCUCUGAAGAAGAAGAGUGGAGGAGUGAUAGAAGAAGUGAGAGUGACAGCGAGAGUUCAAGUGACUCAUCAUCUAGAUACUCUGAUUGGACUGCUGAUGCAGGCAUCAAUCUGCAGCCGCCUUUACGGACAUCUUCGCGUCGGCGAGUUACUCGCUUUUGCAGUAGUUCAGAGGAUGAGAUGUCUACUGAGAAUUUAUCUCCUCCAAAAAGGAGGCGAAAGAGAAAAAAAGAAAAUAAGCCUAAAAAAGAGAACUUGCGGAGGAUGACUCCAAUGGAGCUUGCAAAUAUGGAACAUUUAUAUGAAUUUCAUCCUCCAGUUUGGAUAACUGACACCACCCUUCGGAAGUCUCCUUUUGUUCCUCAAAUGGGUGAUGAGGUAAUAUAUUUUCGACAGGGUCAUGAAGCUUAUAUUGAGGCUGUCAGAAGAAAUAACAUUUAUGAACUGAACCCUAACAAAGAGCCAUGGAGAAAAAUGGACCUUAGGGAUCAAGAAUUGGUCAAAAUAGUUGGAAUACGAUAUGAGGUUGGGCCCCCUACACUCUGUUGCCUCAAACUAGCAUUUAUAGAUCCUGCGACUGGAAGACUAAUGGACAAAUCGUUCUCUAUUAGAUAUCAUGAUAUGCCAGAUGUUAUUGACUUUCUUGUAUUGCGUCAAUUUUAUGAUGAAGCAAGACAGAGGAAUUGGCAGUCUUGUGACAGGUUUCGUUCUAUCAUUGAUGAUGCCUGGUGGUUUGGGACGGUGCUGAGUCAAGAGCCAUAUCAGCCACAGUACCCAGAUAGUCAUUUCCAGUGCUACAUCGUUAGGUGGGACAAUACUGAAAUUGAAAAACUUAGCCCAUGGGACAUGGAACCAAUUCCUGAUAAUGUUGAUCCACCUGAAGAAUUAGGAGCUAGUAUUUCUGUCACUUCAGAUGAGCUAGAGAAAUUGCUCUACAAACCACAAGAUGGUGAAUGGGGUCAGAAAUCGAGAGAUGAAGAGUGUGAACGAAUUAUUAGUGGCAUAGAUCAACUUUUGAAUCUUGACAUAGCAGCAGCUUUUGCAGGUCCAGUUGAUCUGUGUACAUAUCCGAAGUACUGUACUGUAGUAGCUUAUCCAACUGAUCUUUACACAAUCCGAAUGAGACUUGUUAAUAGAUUUUACAGGAGGCUAUCCGCAUUAGUUUGGGAAGUCAGAUAUAUAGAACAUAAUGCCAGGACAUUUAAUGAACCUGAGAGUGUAAUUGCAAGAUCAGCUAAGAAGAUAACUGACCAACUUUUAAAAUUUAUAAAGAAUCAAGACUGUACAAAUAUCUCAGAACUUUCCAACACUUCUGAAAAUGAUGAGCAAAAUGCCGAGGAUUUGGAUGAUAGUGAUCUUCCUAAAACAUCUUCGGGAAGAAGGAGAGUCCGCGAUUGGAAAAAAAGGAGCAUCAAAGCAACCAACUAUGUUGAAAGUAACUGGAAGAAACAGUGUAAGGAACUAGUGAACUUAAUUUUUCAGUGUGAAGAUUCUGAACCAUUUAGACAACCUGUUGAUUUGGUUGAAUAUCCAGACUACCGAGAUAUUAUAGAUACUCCAAUGGAUUUUGGAACAGUAAGGGAAACUUUAGAAGCAGGAAAUUAUGACAGCCCUUUGGAAUUUUGCAAAGACAUCCGGUUGAUAUUUAGCAAUGCAAAAGCAUAUACACCAAACAAAAGAUCAAAGAUUUACAGUAUGACCUUGAGAUUGUCUGCCUUAUUUGAAGAAAAAAUGAAGAAAAUCUCCUCUGAUUUUAAAAUUGGCCAAAAAUUCAAUGAGAAACUCCGAAGAAGCCAGAGGUUCAAGAGACGACAGAAUUGUAACCGUGUCAAUCAGGCUAACAAAAGUAUCAGAAAUAUCAAGCAGAAGCGGUUAAAAUCUCAGACAAAAGUAAUUCCUGAAUUGGUAGGUUCUCCUACUCAGUCUACCUCCAGUAGGGCUGCUUAUUCUGCAAGCCACAAGACCAGUGCUAGUGUCUCUUCAGGUAUGACGUCUGGGGACUCCUCAGAUUCAGCAGGAUCAGGAUCAUCAGAAAGAAUGAGAAGUAGGCCUGUCACUCUAAACAAUGGCUCUACAUUAUCUGAAAGUGAAAUGGAAGAUUCCUUAGGUACCUCUUCAUCAUCAGCUUCAAAUAGUUCAGAGGAAAGCAAAGAGAGUUCAAGACCUCGUGAAUCUUCUUUACGUAGUGGGCUGGCCAGAAGCAGCAAUCUCAGGGUGACCAGAACCAGAGCUGCUCAAAGAAAAACUGGUCCAGUUUCUUUAGAAAAUGGUUGUGGCAAAAAAGCCACUCGAAAGAGAGUCUAUUUAAGUGACUCGGAUAACAAUUCAUUGGAGACUGGUGAAAGUCUGAAAGCCAGGGCUGGAAAUAACCGGAAAGUGCUCCGGAAGUGUGCUGCUGUGGCUGCCAAUAAGAUAAAACUAAUGAGUGAUGUGGAAGAGAACUCCAGCUCUGAAAGUGUCUGUUCUGGACGUAAGCUGCCUCACCGUAAUGCUUCUGCUGUGGCUAGAAAAAAGUUAUUACACAAUUCUGAAGAUGAUCAGAGCUUAAAGUCAGAGAUUGAAGAAGAGGAUCUGAAAGAUGGAAAUCAGCCAUCACCACUGGCUGGUUCUCAUGCUGCCCAGAAUACUGUGAAUGAGUCUGAAAAUGGGGAUUCAGAGUCAGAAAGUGAUUUGCGAGUAGCCCGCAAAAAUUGGCAUGCCAAUGGUUAUAAGUCACAUACUCCAGCAACUUCUAAAACAAAAUUUCUUAAAAUAGAGUCCUCUGAGGAAGAUUCUAAAAGUCAUGAUUCAGAUAAUGUACAUAACAGAACUGCUGGUCCAUCCACAUCUGGGCAGAAACUUAAGGCUGAGAGUGCCUCAGAGGAAGAAGAGGAAGCAGAUUCUGAACCAAGAAAGUAUGCCGGUAGGAAAUACAACACAGGCCGCAAGAAUCUUGCUUUCCUUAAAAAAGCAAAGAUUUUCAGUGACUCGGAGGACUCCGAAUCUGAAGAGCAAGAUAGAGAAGAUGGCAGCUGUCACAGAAUGGAAGCGACCUUGAUUAGAGGGGGUUCGAAGUGUGAACCCACUGCUGGGUCCCAUUGCUUCUCAGAUCACGUAUCUGAGACUGAUUUGGAUUCAGAUGAUGACAAAACAAAAGAAAAACCAAACAAUUUUAUGAAAGAUUCUACAUCACAGGACCAUGGUCAGAGCAGAAAAGUUUCCAGGAAAAGGGUCUGUUCCAGUGACUCAGACAGCAACUCAAAGGUGGUUAAGAGGUCAUCAAAAGCCAGAAUGGGUCUCCUCAGGACUCCUCGAAGAUGUGCAACUACUGCUGCCAGUAAGAUUAAGCUCAUGAGUGACGUGGAAGAUGGCUGCUUAGAAAGCAUGUGUACUAGAAGCAAAAAUGGAAGGAAAAAACCCCUCCAUUCUGCAGGUGCCACAGCAAAGAAGACGGUGAGUGAUUCUGAGGGAGACGUAAACUGUGAAGUGCCAAAUGAGAAGUGUGCCUGCGAAGGGAGGCCACCUGAAGCGGACUCGGAAGGCAGUGCGAAGAGUAUUCGUCCGUCUGUAAAUGGAGACUCGGACUCCGAAGGUCUGCUGAGCCCCGACCAUAAGAAGAGGCACAGCAAGAGUCUCAGAACAAAUGUUGGACCUUCUGACACAAAGAAUUCCUCGAUUGGGUCUUCAGAGGAAGAGUCAAAAAGCCAUAUUCCAGGGGGUGAGAUGGAUAGAAAAUGUCCUUCAGAAUCUGCUUUGGUGCAGAAAGCUACCGCAGAGAAUACGUUCGAGGAGGACCUGAAUUACGGGCUGCGCAGGUGGAACGGCAGGAGGCUCAGGACCUACGGGAAGGCCCCGUUCAGCAAGACCAAAGUGCUGCGGGCGUCGCAGGCCGCUGAGGCGGAGGUGAGGAGGAAGCGGCUGCAUCCUGAGCCCGAGGAGGGCGUGCGGGCUGAAACAGCAGGUGCUUCCCAGCUUGGGCCUGACCCUGGCCCCAAAUCCGACUCUGAGUUGGUGUCUGUGACUGAAUCAGACGUGGACUGUGCCAAGGAUGCGAAAACCAAAAAGAGGAAAACGAGAGGAAAAGCAAAAGCGGUGAGAAAAGAAUCUGUUCCUAGAGACAGAGAACCCAAUACAAAAAUGAGAACAUGCAUGCAUAAUCAGAAGGCUGCAGUGCAAAUGCCUAGUGAGACUCUGAAAGCAAACAUGGUGCCUGAGAAAGUUCUCCGCAGAUGUGCCGCUGUGGCUGCAAAUAAAAUAAAAAUAAUGAGUAAUCUAAAGGAAACGAUUUCAGGACCAGAAAAUGUCUGGAUUAGGAAGAGCAGCAGAAAGCUGCCCCAUCGAAAUGCUUCUGCUGCGGCUAAGAAAAAAUUACUGAGUGUUUAUAAAGAGGAUGAUACAACCAGAAAUUCUGACAGUGAAAAAGAGCUAGAAGACACUAAUAGCAAAAUGCCUUUUUUAAGGCGGUUCAGAUCCUGGAAAGAAACCGCAUAAUAGUGACCAUGGAAAUGUGGAAGUGGGAUUUGAAAGCAAUCGGGCCACAAGAAAACUGGCGGUUGCAUUCUGCUCUGAGCGCCAAAGUUAAUCCCUGGUUGGCACCUUUUCCAGGGAUUUUCUAAAAGCCAUAACCCAGCAGGUCACAGUGGGAGGAAGCCUUCCUUCCAGGGAGUCUUUGUACAGGAACCCACUACAGAGAAUCUGAGGGGGGAACAGAUGUUGAAGCCUGUAGUGCAGAGGUGGAAAGAAGAGACAAGUGGCCUGUCCUAAGGCUGUUCCUUUCCAGAAAGGAAGGGCGUUGAGGAAAGCUCUUGAUUCCUUAGAGGAAGAAAAUAAUGGGAAAUGCACAGGGUCUGUAGCAAAAACUUCAAGGACUGAAAAAAAAUGUCAACAUCACAACCUAAUGCUAAUUUUGAGGGUUCUGCAUCAGAGAAUAAAAAUUCAGACCAGCAUGGCUACGGUGUCAUUACUGAGAAGUAAGAGGGAAAACUCUAAGUAGGCACAUUUCCAGAGGAAGUGCCAUUGAGCCUAUUUGACCAAGCAAACACUUUAAAUAUUAAAGACCCAAUCCCUAUAGUUCACAACUUCAAAAGCCAAAAAGCAAACUAGAAGGACCCGGGGAUUCAUUGAUGGGGAUGGUGAUAAGUGAGCUCUGAAGUAGAGUGGGAAACAGGCAAUUAGUGAAAACCCAUUAAUGUCUUAUUUUGUCUAUAAUAUUGGAAUUCAUACUGAAUGGUGACCUCUUGAUACGAGUAAUUCAGGGAAUAUAUAUUUUUCUAUGAAGGCAAUGAAUGUGACUAUCACAACUUCUUUUCCUCAUUUUUACUUGCACAUAACAGCAUUUACGGAGAUGCCGAAACGUGCCUCAUGAUAGGCAAGGUCUUAGGUUUAAUCAGUUAGAAAAGGUACAGAUGAAGAUCAAAACAGUCAUAUUUUUGGAUGAUAACAGUGACAUCCUCUUACAUUUCUCUAUAGCACCUUAAAAAUUAGUACUUUAUGAACACUUUUAGCAAAUUAAUUACAGUCUCAUCACAACAAACUUAUGGCAGCAUGUAUUGGCUCUUCCAUUGUGGCCUUUGCUAGGAUUAGAAAAUCUGAUCUUGAUACUGUAAAGAAUUCUUUGCAAUGAGGUUUAAUUUGUUAACAGGUAUUUGUUGAAGUUAAGAUCGCCAGAUUAAAUGAAUGCACUGUUAAAUCUUUUUUUAACACAGUAACAUGCUAUUGAAAAAGUGAAUUGUUAGAAGCAAGUUGUUUUCCCAUUUAAAAUUAUCUGUGAAUAUUAAUAUAUGAUUUGCAUGUGUAAAUCAAAAAAGUAAAAUAUAGAAACCUAAGAGUUUCUAUUCUUUUUUCAUUAAAAGACUAAUGUAAUGCAUAUAUUUUGGUUAUACAGAUAGACCCAAGUGUCUAGAUUACUUGAGAAAUUUGUGGUUGCAUGUCUGCUUAAAAAAAGGCGUUUUGUCGUUUUCGUUUUUUUUUUUCUUCCCCUUAGCAUAAGCCGGAAUAUUUCUAACCUACAGAGUCUGUGUCCUUUGCUCUGUUAAUAUAUACUUUCAUCUGAAAUACCGAUACCAGUAUCUUGUUACUACAGGUGAGGAAAGGAAGAAUUCCUAAUAAACUAAUAUUUUUAGGCGCA